AUGUCUAUUUCCAGUGAUGUCAGUAAUAGCGGGAACGAUGUUGGAACCUCCGAGGAAAAUGAUGCACCCGGCAGUUUAUCUACUGUGCAGCAGGGUGAGCCCGGUCUUAAUCCAAAUUUCGUCUUUCUUAAUGAACCAGACGAUUUUCUCUCCCGUCGCCACCUUUACCCCGAAUUUCUUAUUUGCCGUAUAAAUUCUGGAAACCAUUUGAGCCCAAUCAAAAACAAAUUAGCAACUUUGACGGGGGAAUUUAUUUUUGCGGCAUUUAGCCUAAUUUCUUUUUCUUUCUUUCUUUCUUUCUUUCUUUCUUUCUUUCUUUCUUUCUUUCUUUCUUCUGUUCAUUGUUUUUCUUCUUUCUUUCCUUCUUUUUCUUUUCUUCUUUUUCUUUCCUCGUUUGCUUUCUGUUGUUCAUUGCUUUCUUCUUUUUCCUUUCCUUCUUUUGUUCCUUACUCAUUUCUUUCUUUCUUUCUUUCUUUCUUUUUUCUUUAUUCUUUUCUUUCCCUCUUUUUUCCUUCCUCUUUUUUCUUUUUCUUUUCUUCUUGCUUUCUUCUGUUUAUUGUUUUUUCUUUUUUCUUUCUUUCUUUUUCCUUCUUCAUUUCGUUUUCUUUCUUUUUGUUCAUUGCUUUCUUUUUUCUUUCUUUUCUUCCUUCCUCAUUUCUUUCUUUCUUUCUUUCUUUUGUUCAUUGCUUUCUUCUUUUGUUCAUUCCCUUCCUUCUUUUUUCCUUCCUCAUUUCUUUUUUUCUUUCUUUUCUUUCUUUCUUUCUUUCUUUCUUUCUUUUCUUCAUUGCUUUCUCUUUUUUCUUUCAUUAUUUUGUUCCUCCCUCAUUACUUUCUUUUUCUUUCUUUCUUUCUUUCUUUCUUUCUUUCUUUCUUUCUUUCUUUUGUUCACUGCUGUCUUCUUUUUUUCUUUCCUUCUUUUGUUCCUUCCUCCUUUUUUCCCUGUUUCAUUUCUUCUUGCUUUCUUCUGUUCAUUAUUUUUUCUUUCGUUUUUUUCUUUUUUAUUUCUUCCUCUUUUGUCCUUUUUUUGUUUUCAUUCCUACUUUCGGCCUAUAUUUCCUUCUUUCUUUAUUUCGUGUGUUCAUUCCUUUCUUUUGGGUUCGUUCCUUCUUUCUUUUUAUUUCACUGUUUCUUCUUUUCGUUACAUUUUCCUUCUUUCCUUCUUUCUUCUAUUUACUUUUGUUUUCUUUCUUAUUCUUUGCUUCUUUCUCUCUUUUCUUCAUUUCUCCUUCAUUUUCUUCAUUUCUGAUUUUUUCUUUUAUUAAUUCCUUUCUUUUGGUUCAUUCAUCCUUCUUUUUUUCUUUCCUUCAUUUGUUCCUUCCGCAUUUGUUUCUUUUCCCUUCUUUCUUUCUUUCUUUCUUUCUUUCUUUCUUUCUUUCUUUCUUUGCAUUUUUCCUUUCCUUCUUUUAUUCCAGCCUAAUUUCUUUCUUUCUUUCUUCUGUUCAUUGUUUUUUUUUUUUUUUUCUUUCCUUCUUUUUCUUUCUUUAUUUUGUUCAUUGCUUUCUUCUUUUUUCUUUCCGUUUUUGUUCCUUACUCAUUUCUUUCUUUUUCUUUGUUUGUUUCUUUCUUUCUUUUUUUCACUGCUGUCUUCUUUUUUCCUUCUUUUGUUCAUCCCUUUCUUAUAAGAUCUUUAUUCUUUUCUUUCCCUCUUUUGUUACUCCCUCUUUUUUCUUUUUCUUUUCUUUUUGUUUUCUUCUGUUUAUUGUUUUUUCUUUUUUCUUUCUUUCUUUUUCCUUCUUCGUUUCUUUUUCUUUCUUUUUUGUUUAUUGCUUUCUUUUUUCUUUCUUUCUUUUAUUCUUUCCACAUUUCUUUCAUUCUUUCUUUCUUUUGUUCAUUGCCUUCUUCUUUUUUUUCCUUCUUUUUUCCUUCCUCAUUUCUUUAUUUUUCUUUCUUUCUUUCUCUUGGCCAUUGCUUUCUUCUUUUUUCUAUCAUUCAUUUGUUCCCUCCCUCUUGACAAUUCUUGUUUCUUUCUUUCUUUUUUUAUUUGUUCACUGCUUUCUUCUUUUUUCUUUCCUUCUUUUGUUCCUUCUUCUUUUUUUACUUUUCUUCUUGCUUUCUUCUGUUCAUUAUUUUUUCUUUCUUUUUUUCAUUCUUUCUUUUAUUUAUUCCUUUCUCUUUUUUAAUCUUAUUCUUUCUCCUUUUUUCUUUAUUUCUUUCUUUAGAAUUCUAACUCGUUUUCUUCUUUUGCCUCCGGUUUUUUUUCUUUCUUUCACUUAUUCUGCAUCUUCCUCCUCUUUUCAUCGAAAGUUCAUUCUCCACGUUCUCUUUUUUUUUCAUCUUCACUCCUCUUUUUUUUCUACUUCCAUUGUUGUCGAAAAAAUCUCACCCCCCCCCCAUCAAAAAGGUCCACAGACGGUGCAGGCCGCGCAAAUUUUCUCUUUCUCCGAAUCAGUCUCACAGUUGUCUUUCUUUCAUUCGCUCUCUUUUAACUAUCUCUCCCUAAAUAAUCGUCUUUUUUCUUUCUUUCGUUGA